AUUGGUAGUAACUAGAAGAAUUAUUAUCAGAAUCAAACAUAAUAUUUAAUAUUAUACAAUUUUAAAACACAAAUAUAAACAAAAUUUACCAAAUCGGAAAUUUCAAAUUGGAUUGUUUGAUACAAUACUUAAUCGAUUGUUAAUCGUUAUCUAUUAUUUUUCAACAACUCUCAAGUAGCUGAAGUAACCCAAACUCGACUACUCGAGUAAAAUUUCGAGUUAUCGUAACUGUAAGUAUAGGUAAUACACUAAUACGAGUUGUGUCUAACUGCAUGAGUCACAAAAUUACAAUUUUGUAGUUUAUUGCAAUUAUUAUUUGUUCCGAAUCAUUUAGCACGUAGCAAUAUUAAAAAAAUUAUAUUAAAUACAAUGAGUGGCAAAACAAAACAAAAAAAAAUGGCUGACUAUAUUACAACAACAGCAGAUAACUCAAAAAAAAGAGCUCGAAACAAUGAUGAAAAUGAUUCAGAAUCUAAAAAGCCCAAGUCGGGACAAGUAGAUUUGAACGAAAUAAAUUUUGAUUGUGAGAAAAAAAAUGCUAAAGACCUUACUUGGAAUCUGAAAAUUGUUUCAUGGAAUGUUGCUGGCCUUAGAGCGUGGCUUAAGAAAGAUGUUGUACAGUAUCUUAAAAAAGAGAAUCCAGAUAUAAUUUGUUUACAAGAAAUUAAAUGCACUGAAAAACAAAUACCAGAUGAGGCAAAAUUACCUGGAUAUACAAUUUAUAUCAAUUCAGGUGACAAGGCUGGUUACUCAGGAGUAGCUUUAUAUUCUAAGAAAAAGCCUAUUAGUGUGAGAAUGGGAAAAGAAAUAAAAGAGUUGGAUGAUAAUGAAGGCCGUGUUAUUGAAGCAGAAUAUGAACAAUUUUUCCUGGUUUCUACUUAUAUUCCAAAUGCUGGUGCUGGGUUAAAAACUUUACCAAAAAGAAUGAAAUGGGAUGAGGAAUUUCGUAAAUACUUGAAACUGUUAGAUACUAAGAAACCAGUUGUGUUAACUGGAGAUUUGAAUGUUGCUCAUGAAGAAAUUGAUAUUGCAAACCCAAAAACAAAUACAAAAAGUGCAGGUUUCACUAAAGAAGAAAGAGACAAUAUGUCAUUACUUCUUGAACAAGGAUUCAUUGAUACAUUUAGAACAUUAUACCCGGAGAAAACUGGAGCCUACACUUUUUGGACAUAUUUUCAUAAUGCAAGAGCUAAAAAUGUUGGAUGGAGACUGGAUUAUUUUAUAUUAUCAAAAAGACUCAUGGAUAAUGUAUGCGAUAGUGAUAUAAGAAGUGAAGUACUUGGUAGUGAUCACUGUCCAAUUGUGCUUUACAUUAAUGUUUAAUUAUAAAAAUAUUUUUGAAAUAUUAUAAGACUAAUGAAAUAUUAAUUGUACAAAUUACUUCUGUUAGUGAUUUAAAAAUUGUUAGUUAACAUACUAUUCUUUUUUAAUUCAAUCAUUGUAUGUAACUAAAGUAAAACAAAUUUAAUAAAUUAAAAAUCUGAAUCUUA